AUGCCCAUAAUCGUUUUAUUGGGCUUCAGUUGGUUGUAUAUAAUCUGUACUACAACAAGAGCCACUCAGUAUAUUCAAAAUGAUGUAAGGAAUGGCACACGUUGGAUUUAUGUCGAAUUUUUUGAAUGUCCGUCAAUUCUUAAAAUCAAUGUGAAUACAAUUCGAGCAGCGUUAGCUCGCUGGAUCAAUGAAGAAUGUGCUACAGCUAUUCAAUGUAACCUGGUGAGUGCAGUGGAAGUAAAAAAUGUCUUGGUUGGCACUAUUUUCUGUGGCACACCAAAUAAUUUUAUCACAUUCCUUGUGCUAAGGAAUGCCACCACUUAUGCAUUUCUGCAAGCCAAUCACCUUGAUUUAAACAUCGUCGGUAAAGUAAUACAAUCCAGGGAACACUUAUUGUCUGCGUUGCUUCAUUCAGACUUGAAACUUGUCACGACACGAGUGUUCAAUGAAGAGACGAGUGGAGAUAGUAGUUUAUGCGGUCAUUUAUGCUGUGCUAUUGUAAUUUUAUCCUUUAUUGUAUUUGUUAUUACAUUUUUCACCAUAUAUUUUAAGCAGAGAAAUAUUAUGGAGCGCAAAUCUGUAAGUUCGAGUCAUUCCUUACUAGCUCUACAACUCCUUCGGAAUUAG